GUUUCCCAUUCUCUGACACUCAUGAUGGCCGCAAAGCACAGAAGAUACGGUGAGGAGGACAGAGCCUCAAAAAACAAGAAACAUGUCAGUUCACAAAAGGAUAACACUACUACAAAGCAAACCAAGCAAGAAGAACAUAAGCCGCCAUCUAUUGUUGUCGUUUUAGUAUGUGCAAUAUGCUUCGGAGUGGUUCACAGUGUUCAUGUAGCCACCAUGUUUGAGAAUGACAGACACUUCUCGCACCUCUCCAACUUGGAACGGGAGAUGACCUUCCGAACUGAAAUGGGCCUGUAUUACUCCUAUUACAAGACACUGGUUAAUGCUGAUUCAUUCUUGUUGGGCUUAAACCGCCUCAUGCAUGACAACCUGACGGAGUAUCCAGAGACCAUCAAUACACUACAGAGGUUUAAUCUCUAUCCAGAGCUUGUCCUUGGUGGUACAUACCGUAUUUUUAAUGCAGUAACAUCAUGGUUGGGUUUGGAGAUGCGUGUAUGCUGGCAGGUAAGCAGAGGAGGAGGUCUUCCCCCAGUCAUCAGCUGUGAAGGUUUAGGUGAUCCAGCUUAUUGGUAUUUAGCUGGAGUAUGGGCGAGUGCUGGUCUCACUGCGGCAUUUCUCUUUAUUCAGGGCACUGAACUUAGUGGUGACCUUCUUGGAGGGUUCCUCACAAUUAUUUGCUUCUUUUUUAACCAUGGAGAGGCCACUCGGAUACAGUGGACACCACCUCUGAGGGAAAGUUUUGCUUUUCCAUGGAGUAUUGCUUUAAAUAUUGCUGUUACUCAUGUUGUACGUGCUCCACGACCAGUCUGGACUCGUCCCCUCAUACUUGGUACCCUGACUUUAUUGUACCUUCUCUGCUGGCAGUUUGCUCAGUUUACUUUGGUAGCUGUAGUUGGAAUUGUGUAUGUUAUGUAUACUAUAGGUGCUAUUAAUCCUUUACCAAUGUUACUGGUACUAUUGGGUAUAUCAUAUGGAUUUCUUAAUAAUGUGGUGCUGCAGUUUGGUAAUACACUUCUAGUUUCAUCACCUUUAGCUGGAUGUCUUUUGGGAGUGUUGCUGUUGUAUCUUUUCAUGGAACCUAUUAUUCAGCACCUUCCAUUCCCUACCAACACGGGUGUUCAGUUAGCUUUCCUAUUUGUUUCUUGUGCUGCCUGUAAGCUCGAGUUGUCACGGAUAUUUGGUGUUGAAGAUGAUGCUCAUAUAAUUAAUAUAUUAAAAGCCAAAUUUACAAAUUACUCGGAUUUCCAUACGCUUCUCUAUACUUGCUCUCCAGAGUUUGACUUUCUACCUCAAGAAUCAUUAUAUAAACUGAAUGAAACGCUUCUCAUUCCCUGUGUUGCUUUGGUUGGAGGUGCUAUAUUAAUUAAUAGCCUAACCAAAAUUAAGAAUAACAUGAUACAACGAUUAGAUGAAGAAACUGCUGAAGUGAUUAUUCCCAUAUGGUCAGGUAUUGAUCCUGGUGUUAUGUAUAAUUGUGCAUUAUUAGCUGUGUAUGCUCUGAUGGCAAGUCUUAUAAUGCGCCUAAAACUUUUUUUAACCCCUCAAUUGUGUGUUGUUGUAUCAUUGCUUGCAUGUAGAAAAUAUUGGAAAAUUAUAGAAAGAAGGGAAAUUCAUGUUGCAAUUUUGGCUGUACUGGUGAGUGGAAUGUGUGUACGAGGAUUCAAAAAUAUCAGUGAACAGAGAUCCAUAGUGGGAGAAUACAGUAAUCCUGAACUGGAAGAAUUGAUUGAAUGGAUUCAAUCAGAAAGUCAUGAAGAUGCUGUAUUUGCAGGUCCUAUGUCUACUAUGGCCAACCUUCUUCUUUCUACACAGAGACCUAUAGUUAACCAUCCUCAUUAUGAACAUUCAGGUCUUAGAGACCGGACUAAGAAGGUAUAUAGUGUGUUUAGUCGAAGAUCUGCAGAAAGCGUAUAUGAAACUCUUCUCUCAAUGAAAGUGAACUAUGUGGUGCUAGAAGAAUCCUGGUGUAUUCGCAAAAGACGUCCUGGAUGUGGUAUGGUUGACAUCUGGGAUGUAGAGGAACCUCAAAAUAGGCACAAGCCGUCACUUUGUCCUCGGUUGUUCCACAGAAGCCCAGCUCCAUUUCACCGGGUAUUUGCUAAUGAUGUUUUUGUAGUACUUCAGGUUCCUUCAAGGUAUGUAGAAAUUCCUCCACCUCGAUAUCAUAGUGCAUAGAAAAAUUAUCAAUAAGGCGACUAAAACACAAUUCAUUGCACAUUGUCAUUUUCAUUGUAACAAGUGUAAAUACUAUGAUGUGAAAGAGUAGUGCAUAGUGCAAAAUUUCUCGUAAGACUUUGUGAUGAAAUGUAUGGUAAGUUUUUGUAUUUUAGAUUUUUACCUAAACAGUAUAUAUAGUAUAAAGCAGAUUAAAUGUGCCACCUUAUUAUUGUGAAUUUUGUGAAUAUAUUGUACAUUACAUGAAUUGUUGUUAAACUAAUUGUAAAAGGGUUUAUUUUACCUUAAUAUUAUUUGUAUUUGUAAUUAUAGUGAAUGUCUGAUGCAUUCCUACUGUAAAAGUGCGCUCGGAUACCAAACUGUUUUUACCGUAACUCGAACCAUGAUCCUUUAUAAUACAUACAGUGCGAUUUCUCAGUAAGUUUUGGUAACCUUUGGUUAUGAUUUCACUGAGAGAAAACUUGAGGCAGAAGUGAACCUAAACAGAAGCUGAAAAGUUGCAGAUGUGUCAUGAAUAUCUGUCACAACAAAGCCACGCCAAGUGUAUGUUGUAAUUUACACCCACAGUGACUAUAGUGUGGCAUAGAGAACUAAUGAGUGUUAGUUAGGAGAACUUUUGUAUUUGCAAAGAGUAUCAAAUUACCAGCCAUAUGACAGCAGCAUUUUCUUGGACCAAACGCUUUAUUGAAGGAGGAUUCUCAAAUGCAGCAAGUGCUAGUUUUGCUACGAAAUGUGCAUUAAUAUUGUGAUUGUUUGAAUGACUAAAUUUUUUGGAAUGGAGUUUACUUGUGUGUUGUACAGGGCCUAGCCUGUACAGUAUACUGUACUGUAUUAUACAUAGCUUUAGACCUUUUAUACUGUAUGCCUCACACAAGAUAAUUGACUCAUGGAUGUUAGGAAAUGCUUGAAAAAUAUUUAUUUUUUAUUUCUUGUCAUUUUCUGUUUCUUGAUAUUCAGAUUUGAUAUUUUAAUGCCAGUGUUUGUUGGUGACAGGAACUUGGUAUGAUUACAUAAUAUUUCAGGUGUGUCAUACUGGGUUAAAUAUAGGGCUGGAGAUGAAAAAGUUCAUGUCACUCACAGUAUUAAACUUUUUACCGAA